AUGUCCAGCUACGAUAAAUAUGUCACCCCCCUCAGCACCCGCUACGCCUCCCAAGAGAUGAUGACCAUCUUCUCUGCCCGGGAGCGCGCGUCAACCUGGCGCCAGCUCUGGGUUUGGCUUGCCGAGGCGGAGAGGGAGCUCGGCUUGCCGAUCCCCGAGGAUGCGAUCCAGGAGAUGAGGGAAAAUGUGAGGGUGAGCGAUGAGGCGUUUGACAAGGCGAGGGAGUAUGAGGCCAAGUUUAGGCAUGAUGUGAUGGCGCAUGUGCAUGCUUAUGGUGAGGAUGCGCCAAAGGCUGCUGGACAUAUCCAUUUGGGGGCUACGAGUUGUUAUGUGACCGACAAUGCCGAUCUCAUCUUCCAGAAGAAGGCUUUGGACCUCAUUCUUCCCAAGCUCGCCAAGGUCAUCCAGAACUUGCAGGUGUUUGCCCUCAAGUACAAGGACUUGCCUACCCUUGGUUUCACUCACUACCAGCCUGCCCAGCUCAUCACCGUUGGCAAGCGUGCUGCCCAGUGGAUCCAGGAGCUGAUGAUGGACCUCGAGGACAUCGAGACUGUCCGUGACAGACUUCAGUUCCGUGGCGCCCAGGGCACCACCGGUUCCCAGGCUACCUUCUUGGAGCUCUUCGAGGGCAACGCCGACAAGAUUGUCCAACUCAACGAGAUCCUCUGCAAGAAGGCUGGCUUCCCUUCUGCCUACCCCAUCUCCACCCAAACCUACACCCGCAAGGUCGAUCUCAGAGUCGCCAACGCUGUCUGCGCUCUUGGUGCUACUGCCCAGCGCAUCUGCUCCGACAUCAGACAUUUGGCCAACCUGAAGGAGAUGGAGGAGCCUUUUGAGAAGAGCCAGAUUGGCAGCUCCGCCAUGGCUUACAAGAGAAACCCCAUGAGAUCGGAGCGUAUCACUGCUCUUGGCCGCAAGCUGGCCCGUCUGCCUGCCGACUUUACUGCCACUUUUGAGACUCAGUGGUUUGAGAGAACUCUUGAUGACAGCGCCAUCCGCCGCAUGGAUAUCCCCGAGAUGUUCCUCCUUGCCGACUCCAUCCUCCUUGCCUUGGACAAUGUUACCAACGGCAUUGUCCUCUACCCAAGCGUUAUCCGCUCCCGCAUCGACCAGGAGCUCCCUUUCAUGGCCACCGAGUCCAUCCUCAUGAAGCUCGCCACCCACGGUGUUUCCAGACAGGAGGCCCACGAGGAGGUCCGUGUCCUCUCCCACCAGGCUUCCGAUGUCGUGAAGCAGCAGGGCGGCCGCAACGACCUUCUCGAGCGCAUCAAGAAGACCGAGUUCUUCCGUCCCGUCUGGGGCGAUAUCGACAGCCUUGUCGACCCUAAGCUGUUUAUCGGCAACUGCCCCAAGAUUGUCGAGGAUUACUGCAACGGCGAGGUCGCCGCCAAGUUGGCCAACUACAAGGAGUCGCUGGAUAAGGCUUCUACUGCUCAGCUUUCUAUUUAGAGGAUCUGUCUGGAUUUGGGGUCUGGACAAAUGUAUAUCAUGAACUUUGCGGGUAAUAAAAUGGGUAGGCAAAAUGAAUUAAAACUUAUUAUAAGCACCGUGUCUUUAGCCAGUAUAAGUGGGGCUAUUUCGCUUGAUACCUCUACCUCCUCAUCGGGGCCGAUUCCGUAGGCCCGGCAAGGACGAACAACGUCUCAAGUCUCAAACGCAGCUCAGGCUGGAGAAGGAAGAGAGGGAGAAGCGGGUCGAGCUGGGAUUACUGGCGUUGGAGCCGGAGUGGAAGCCUUGGCCGCUGGAGCAGAGGUAUAUCUGGGUUAACUGGGAGAGGGGCAUUAUCUCCGUUGGGGACGACAAGCGCGCGUUUGAGCGGGCGGUGUUGCCGUAUGAGAGGUUUGUGCAGAGGUUGAAGUUUAAGUGGGACAAGACAUUCCUCCGGGGGCAGAGGUUUGCUAAUCUCGACGAGCUUUCAUAUUAUUCGGGAGGUGGAUGACUAUCGGAAGUUUUGGGGGAAUUCGAGAUGAAGUUUCAUGUUAUUUCGGCGGAGGAUGAGUAUUGGAGGUUUGGGACGGAGGUUGAGACGGGAUUGGGAAUGAGGUUUCCUCCUGCGUAUGCGGGGAAGAUUUUGACGGUAUUUGAUAAGAUUCGGAAGGAUACGGACCUGUGUAGGGUUUUGAAGGGGAGGGGGAACUGGGGUUGGAGAAGGUGAUGGAGGAUCGGAACCUGCGGGUACAGAUCUAGGAAAUACGGUCAAUUACGAGUUCCCAGUCGGAUGAGGCCGCACACAAGGAACAGGAUUGAGGAAGGGACUGUCGUCAACAGACAAAGGGCUUUUCCCACAGCUUCUUGUCGUUCAUAGCGGCUUUCAACGGUAGUGAGGUUUUGAGGACUUUUAUUUACAGUAAAAUAAACAACCAUGUCAGCCAG